AUGCGAACAUACCAAUUCAAUUACCAAUUCCAAACAUACACGAACAUGGCUGGCAAGACACACGUCUUCAUCGUUGGCGCCACGGGGUAUACUGGAGGCGCAAUCGCCAAAGCCCUUCUUCAGGCGCGGACCUUCCGUUUGUCCAUCCUGAUUCGGGAGUCAUCUAUUAACAAGCCCGUCAUCAAGGAACUCACCGAAGCUGGCGCCGAGGUCGUAAGAGGAGAUAUAUCCGAGUCCCCCGAGAAGCUGGAGUCCUACCUGAAGGGCGUGGAUGUCUUGAUCUCCACAGUCCCCGUGAUGGUGGAUCAGAAGGCCUUGUUUUUGGCGGCCAAGCAAGCUGGCGUCGGACGCGUCGUUCCGUCCGACUUUGGGCCUAUUGCACCCAAGGGUGUCAUGAACAUGCACGAUAUCAAACUUGGGAUCCGUGACUAUAUUAAGGAGCUAGGCCUGCCACAUACUUUCAUUGAAGUUGGGUGGUGGCUUUCGGGGAUGCUGCCCCCUCUACAUUCGGCGGCGAACACGCUUCUGACCCAGAAGUACUACAUUGGCAAUCGUGAUCAGAAGCUCGUUUACUCCACAUUGUCGACCAUCGGUAAAAUGGUCGCGCGCAUCGUCAUUGAUCCACAAACGUUGGGCCAGACUGUCGUGGUGUAUGACGGAGAAAUCAGCAUCAACGAGACAUGGAAAGUCGCAGAAAAGGUCACCGGAGAAGACUUUUCCGACUAUCCCAAAGUGUCCGAUGAAGAGAUAGAGAGAGGCUGUCAACAGACGGGUAACUGGGCGAAAAAGAUCCUUGCUGAAUAUUACAGGAGCUUGUUCAUUCGCGGGGACAACACCCUUGCAAAUGCGGAAGCGUUUGGUCACCUCGAUGCUAGGAAGCUGUACGAUGACAUAGCAUAUCCCAAUGUUGAGGAGGAGGUGAGGAACCACUAUGCGCUGGGCUUUGCGCUUGAAUACAGCGUGCCGGAGGAACUUCUGUUGGAUGUAUUCAAAACGAUAGUGUAG